AUGAAUAAGAGAACAUCUUCAUUACGGGGAGGUGGUUGUGGAACUUUUAGAAUGUUUCCGAGAACAUAAGAAAACUUAAAGUCAGAUAUUUCAGAUAUAGAAAAUUUCAUUAACAAAUUUAAUCAUUUUGUUGAAAUAAUUUUUACUAAAGCUGCUGUUGCUAUCAAUUCGAUAUAAUCUUAAGAAAUAAUGAUAGCCAUAUAAUGGUUUGUUUUUUAAGAGGAAAUUAUCUACAAACUUAAUAAGAAUCCCUUAAAUAUCAUAAAAUCAUACAACCUAAUUGUAGAGGGAAUCAAAAAAUUAUUGCAAAGCUGUUUGAUCUAUAUUAGAACAGAUUCGUUUAAAUGUUUGUAUAUCUUAUAGAUUACAGCGGCUCUAUCCAAAGUCAUAUUUAGUUUCCAUAUAAUGAAUAGCGAUAGAAUUAUGAAUUUUAAUUUAUAAAAGUAAUUCUUAGAAAUUUCUGAUGAUUUAAAAUAAUAAAUGGAAAUAGAGAAGAAUGAUUUGGUUUAAAUUUAAAUGGAAGUUUAUCUUUUUUUAACUAAAACUUCUUUCGAGAUGGCUCCAAAUAACAAUUAGGAAAGGGAAGAUAUUUUGAAAAAAUUUGUAAAUGGUAUAUUUGAAUCAUUAAAGGGUUUGAAACCUACUGCUGAAUUACUUGAAUCCUUAUAUUUGGCAGCCAGGUAAAUUCACAAAAUAUAUACAAUUUAAAAAAAUAGGUAAUAAUAUGAGGUGUAUUUUUAAAUAGACAUGUUAUAAUGGGAAAUUAUAAGUUGUUUUAGAAAUGAAAAAUUUUUAUUUCUAAAAAAAGUAAUUUUACAAAUAUAAGAAAUAUAUGAAGAACUUGUGAAAAAUUCAAAUAAUUGGAAAAAUCAUUUUUUAUGGAUUUAAAUGAUUGGGAAAAUUUUAAUAUUUAAUCCUCUUAUUACAAAACAAAGAUUAAAUGAGUUAACCAAUUCUAACGAUUUUGUAGUUAAUUUAAGGUAAAUAUGGAAGGAAUAUCAGAACAAAGGAGUACUUAUUUAGUUGAACCAUACAAAUGACUAAGCUGUUAUUUUACUUAGUUAAAUUUAAAAUAAUAAAAUUCUAUAACUUGAUAGAUAAAUGUUGGAAGAUAGUUUCAAAGGAUGGAAAGACUUUCUUACACUUAAGCAAUAUUUAAUUGGUUAAUUAAAUGAAAAAACACCAUAUACAAUUAAUUCCUAUUUAAGAUGUAAAUUUGAUUUGUCGAGACAGGAUCCCUAAAAAAAUGAAAAAAAUUUCAAUAUUGAGAAAAUGAAAAUGCUUUUAAGUUUCAUUAUUCCAACUAGCUUAAUUAAUUUAAUAAAAUAAAAUAUUGGAAAAUUGGGGGAGGUGAUUAAAGUUUAGAAAUCAUUUAGGAAAAAUGAGUAAGCCCAUAAAAGUCUAUUAAAAAGCACUGUUAAUUCUUAAUUAAAAAAGAUCAUUUGCAACUUAUCAGAUUAUUUACAAAACACACAAAAGAUUCUCAAAAUCUUUUAGCUGAAUUAGAAGUAAAAUUACUGUUAGACUGACAAACUCAAUGAGAAAGACAAAUUAGAAUUUAAUAAUUUAUUUUAGCUUAAAUAUUUGUUGAAACUAUUAGAAGAAAUAUUAUUAUAAGCAGUUUAAGAAAUUAGGAAUAAACGAAAUCCAUUCUGCAAUCAAGAUGACAUAACUGAUGAAAUAAAAAUACUUUAGGAAUAGAAAGAGUUGAUUUAGGAGAAAUUAAAAAAUCUAAAUCUAAAAGAUAACCAGUUUUCAUUUGUCAAUAAGUUACAGUAGAAGCUUCUUACCUUGCUAAUUGCAACUCUUGACUAUAAGAGCUUUCUGAAAAAAGCUCACAGCAUUUUAAGACUUGUUGAACAUUCUAAAAAAUAAAUCUAAACACUAGAAAUUUUGUUACUUUAAAAGAAUAACUUUAUUUAAUGUUUUCAGUGUUUAUUGAAUCAACUAUAUGUUGAGGAAGAUCAAAAAAUAUAAAAAGAUUUUUAGGAAUCCAUUUUAAGUUUUAAGACAAUACUAAUUUCAUAGUAUGAAAUAGAGUCUAUUGAAGAAUUUGGGGAAAUUAAAUAACAAAUUUCUAAUAUGCUAUCGUUUUAAUUUGUAAACAACUUAAGAUUGAAUAAUUUAAAGCUUCAAUUACAGCUAAUUGCCUUAAAGGAGUCCUUUUAAAAUAUAUUUCUAGCCAAAUUGAAAGAAUCUUAAUCGUUAAAAGAAGUUAUCGAUUUGGAUGAGUUUCUCGUUAAUGUAAUUAACAAUUAUCCAAAACUAAUAAUUUUCUGUCACGAAAAUGUUUACAAAUAAAUUUUUUCUGAAUUAACAAGCAUGUAAAUUACUGAACAAGACUAUUAAAAUAAGUUAUCAAAAUAAAAAGGAUUAAUAGAAUACCUAACAUUGAUAUUAAAUUUAGAAGAAUAACUGAUAGAUUUAGAAAAAAUAGAUUUGGAAUUAAUUGAUAAGGAAUUUGGAGAAUUAAUUAAGGAAGAAUCCUGUUCUUCCUCUCUGACAGAAAGAAUUAUGAAAAUAAUUGAAAAUGCUUAAAUUGAAAAUUCUAUAAAAUCUGUGACUAAUGAGCAAUUUAAUCAAUCAGAAUUGAAUUUUGAGGUUGAAAAAUAUGAUAAAAUGUGGAAAUAAUUAAGAGCUUUGAAGAAAAAUUACAAUUGUCAUGAAAACUAAAAUUUCAAAGAAGUAAUUAAUCAUAUUGAGAUGAUAGUUGAGCUUUUAAACAAUUCCUAAAAUUAAAAUUUAGAAAUUUUUAAAAUACCAAUUAUGGAAUUGUUAAAGUAGUUAAAAAGUAAAUAAGAAGAAUUUCAAUAAAAACUAGAGAAUGAUCAAUGUUAAUAAAAUAAAAAUGAUUCUUGUGAUCAAAAUACAACCCAGAUUACAGGCAAUCAAGAACAUGUAAAAGAAUUAUAAGGCAUUAUCUCUAUUCUGAAAUUAUUAUCAUCAAAAAUAAAAGAAUAAAAGCAAUUACUUUGUUAAAUACUUGAAGAAACUAAAAAAUUCUCUAAUAUACUUCAUCUCCUUCACAAAUAUAAUAAAAAUAUAUAAGAAAAAACAUAUCUAUAAUUUCAUAGUCAUUUCAAAAGUCAAAUUGAAAAUUUUGAAAAAUCGCUAUGGACAACAACUAAUUUAUAAUAAAUGGAAAAAGAGUCAUUUAUAGAUUACUAUAAUAGAAUUGAAAUUGAUAUUUAGAAAGUUAAAAAUGAAAAAGAUGAUGAGAAUAGAAAAUAAAAAACAAAUGUUUGCGAUUUUCUCAAUAAUUUAAAGGGAAAAAUAAAAUUAAAAUUAAGCUAGUCUAAAUGCAAAAUCUCUAAAAUUUAGUUUGAAGAAGAAUAACUGAUUCAAUAAAUUAAAAAAAUAUACUUCUCAGAUAAUGAGGAAGAAGAGGAAGAAGAUAAAGAUGAUGAAGAAUCAAAUAAAAAAUUAGGAUUUUUUUAGUCUUUGAAUCAAUAAUAUAAAGAUUAUAAAAAUAAUUAUGAAUGGAAAAUUAAAUAGGGGCUAGUUUUUACUAUAAUUUAGAUUUCAUCAAAUUGCUUCACAGAUACAAUUAUUUAAUUUUGUUAAUAAGCCCUAAUUUAAUUAUGGGUUUUAGAAAAAGAUUAAAGAGUUAGAAAUUUGUUAAAAAACUAAGACUUAAUAAGUUUGUAAAUGUAAAUUUUGAAGAAAGGUUGGUAGACUCAAAACGAGAGAAUUACAGGAGAAAUGUAAUAAAUGCUGAGUAAAAUCGAUUUUUUGUAAGAAUAAAUUACCCAAGAGGCAAAUGUGAACAAAAGAGAGCAAUAAUUGAAAGAAAUAGAUGAAACAACUGAGCAAUUAGAUGAAUAUAUUAAAAACAUCUGUGAAAUGGGGUAAUAACUUAGAUUAAUAACCGAUUUUGUUAAUCAUAUCAGAAAGGGUUUGAUAAGAGUUGAGGGAAAAAUAAAUGAGAUGAAGAAAUAGCUAAACAGCUUGGGUAAUGACAUAAAAUUUCUUAGAGGAAAAUCUGUUGAAGAACUUUUUGAUAUUAGAAAAUCGAAAGUAUUGAAAGAAGCAGCAAACAAAAAUGUUAGGUCUAUAUAUGUGCCAUUAUAAACAUUGGAGAUAUUUCAUAAAUUAGAUAAAGUGGGAUAGGAAGAAAAGAGUAUUUUGAUGAAUUUGGAUAAUAUAAAUGAUAAAGGAGGGGAAGUGAAUGAGUUUUUAUUAGAAGAUGAAGAAACAGUAUUAUUAAUUCAUGGAGUAGCUGGAUCAGGCAAAAGUACUGCAGCUAAGAAAAUAGAAGAAUUUAUUUGGAAAUUAUAUGAAAAUAAUAAUAAAAUCAAGAAUCAAAAUCUAAUACCAAUUUAUAUUUCAUUACCCUCUUUAAAAAAUCCUGUUUUUUAAGCAGUAGAGGAAGCACUUCAUCAAGAUGAGUAUGGUUUUGAUGAACUCUAAUUGAAAGAAUGUAAAGAGAUGUUAGAAAAAAAAAAAUUCCGAUUUCUAUUCAUAAUGGACAGUUACGAUGAGAUGAAAUUAGAAAAUAUUUAGAAAAACCUAUAUAUUAAUAAUAAACUUAAAUAGAAUUGGUCAAACCCACUUGUUAUUUUUACUACAAGAAGUGAAAUUUUUACAAAUAGUAAUUAUUCUCUAUGGUUUGAGCCGGAAGAGAAGGAAAAAUUAAAAGAAAUCAAACUUAUGAAAUUUGAUUCUCCAUAAAUGCUUUAAUAUCUCGAAAAAUUUACAAUUUAAAGUGUUAAAAUGUUGAUUUUUGAAAUUUAUGAAUGGUAAACACAAAUUUCUAAAAGAGGAGCAAUGGAUAUCAAAAAAUUUGAAAAUUGUUGGGAAAAAUUGAACCAAUUUUUAAAAAAAGAUUUAUUAGGGAUGAAAGGGGAGAAUCUAUUGAAUUAAAAAUAAAUAGAAUAUAUUAAAUCGUUUUUGGAGAAUGAUGAGUUUAUAUCUUUAAAAAGUCAAGAUGCUUUAAGAAGUCUGAGCAUAAAUUUACAAAAACUGUGGAGCGUUGAAAAGUACAACAACAUGAUGAGUUAAAUAAAUUUAAUUAAAUUGGUGGUAACUCCAUAUAUGAUGGAAAUUGUAGUUUAAGUGUUGCCUGAUAUGAUUGUAAAAGCAACUGAGAUAAAUAAUUUGAAAUAAAAUUUUAUAAAUAAUUUUUCAAGAAAACUCAAAGCGUUUUACAAAAGUAAAUAUUUGAUUGAAAUGUAUCAAUAACAAUAAUAAUAGAAAAAGCUUUUGUCUUAAAACAAUAGAGAUGAAAACUCUUAGAAAGUUACAUCAUUUGAGAUAGAAAAUAUAGAAAAACUAAACUUUCAAGAUGUUGCUAACAAAUUUUGGGAUAAAAUUGAAGAAAAUUCAAUUAGUAUCCUAACCUAGAUUUCUUAAGAAAAUCCUGAAUUAAAGAACUAACUUUAGAAAAUAUUAGAACAAAACUAUAAGCAAUAAGAUCAUUUAUUAGAUAAAGUUGCAAUUCAAAACGAAAAAAAAAGCGAAGCUGUUAUCGAAUUAGUUAUUGAUGCAUUAAAAGAAUUAAAUCUUACAAGUUAUGAUUUUUAUGAUGAGUUUAUUAAUUAACAUCAUUAGAAAUAAAUAGAAAAGUAGAGGAAAUUAGGAAAAUCUAUUAAUAUUGAUCGUUUUCUACAUGAUUUAAAAAAAUAUUCAACUAACCUUGCAAAAAAAAUGAGCAUAUAUCAAAUUACUUAAGUAUAAUAUUAAUAAUAAGGAUUUUUGUAUAAAGAAGAAAAAGAAAAUGAAAAAUGGCUCAAUGAUUUUUUUAAUGAUGAUGAUUAAUUCGGAUCUUAUAGAAAAGAUAUACGAAGUUGUUCUCUAGUUUAAUCAAAUGGUGCUAACUUUUAAUUUGUCCAUAAAUCUAUAUAAGAGUUCUUAAUUGCAGCCAAUUUAUAUGAAUUGUUAGUUUAAUCAAAAGAUGUUGAUAUGCAGAUAAUGAAAACUAUAUUAGAAUUGUUAUCAACAGAAAAUAAUUAAGUCUAGGAUUCUUCAAAAUUUUUAUAAACAGCCGCUAAAGAAUAUUGCUAAAAUCAUACUCAAUUUGAGAACAUAUUAAUGUUUGAUAGACAAAAAUAAAUAGAAAAUAAAAUUAAUUCAAUUGCUGAUCUAAUCAAAAUUGUCUAAGAACAUGAUUUUAAUAAAAAUGAUUAUUCCACUGAAAUCUAUGCUGAAACGAGAUAAUAUCUAAUUUAAAAAAUAUCACAAGAGGUGAGGAUAAUAGAAUUUUUGAAAUUCUUAGUUCAUCUCACGAAAAUAGAUGAAACCAUUAUUAUUAGUGGUUCUAAUGCACUAAAUAUUUUAGUUGAAAUGAAGACAGAUCUAACAAACUAAAAUUUAAAAAAUAUAACAAUUAAAAAUACUUCAUUAUAUGGUGGUAAUUUUUCAAAAUGCAAUUUAUCUUUAUCUAAAUUUGAUAAUGUGAAUAUCAAUGGAAUUAAUUUAAAUGGAGCUAUAUUAUUUGAUUGUAAUUGGACCAAAUUAAAAAUAAAUGAUUUAUAUUAAUUAGAUGGCCAUUCUUAACCUGUUUCAUCAGUGAGUUUCUCUCCUGACGGAAGCACAUUAGCUUCUGGUAGUUAAGAUAACUCUAUCCUUUUAUGGGAAGUCAAAACAGGAUAAAAUAAAAGAAAAUUGAAUGGUCAUACUAGUGGUAUAUUGUCAGUCUGUUUCUCUCCUGAUGGAGAUACAUUAGCUUCUGGUAGCGAUGAUUGCUCAAUCGGUCUAUGGGAUGUCAAUGCAGGAUAAUAAAAAGCCAAAUUAGAUGGUCAUAGUGGUUGUGUGAAAUCAGUCUGUUUUUCUCCUGAUGGAAAUACAUUAGCUUCUGGUAGUUAAGAUAACUCUAUCCUUCUAUGGGAAGUCAAAACAGGAUAAAAUAAAAGAAAAUUGGAUUGUCAUACCGAUUAUGUUAUAUCAGUUUGCUUUUCUCCGGAUGGAAAUAUAUUAGCUUCUGGUAGUUAAGAUAACUCUAUCCUUCUAUGGGAAGUCAAAACAGGAUAAACAAAAAGAAAAUUGGAUGGUCAUAGUGCAAUCUUGUCAAUUUGUUUCUCUCCUGAUGGAAAUACAUUAGUAUCGACAAGCAGAUGUAUUAAAAAAGAUGAUAAUAAGAUCCUACUUUGGGAUGUAAAAACAGGAUAAUAAAUAGCAUAAUUGGAUGGCCAUACUAGCACUGUAUACUCAGUUUGUUUCUCUCCUGAUGGAACUACAUUAGCAUCUGCAAGUGGAAAUGAUGAUUUUUAUUAAUAAGGUGAUAAUUCAAUUCGCCUAUGGGAUUUUAAAACAAGAUAAUAAAAAGCAAAAAUAGAUGGUCAUACUAGUGCAAUCUUUUCAGUUUGUUUCUCUCCUGAUGGAAAUACAUUAGCUUCUGGUAGUGGAGACAAAUCAAUCCAUCUAUGGGAUGUCAAUGCAGGAUAAUAAACAGCCAAAUCAGUUGGCCAUACGAAUGGAAUAUUAUCAGUAUGUUUCUCUCCUGAUGGAAAUACAUUAACUUCUAGUAGUAGUGAUAAGUCUAUCUGCCUAUGGGAUAUCAAAACAGGAUAAUUAAAAGCCAAAUUGGAUGAUCAUACUGAUUAAGUUAGAUCAGUUUGCUUUUCUCCUGAUGGAAAUAUGUUAGCAUCUGGUAGUAACGAUUAGUUUAUUUGUCUAUGGGAUGUCAAAACAGGAUAAUAAAAAGCAAAAUUAAAUUGUGAUCGUGUAUAGGUUAUAUCAGUCUGUUUCUCUCCUGAUGGAAAUAUAUUAGCAUCUGGUAGUGAAGAUACGUUUAUCCGUCUUUGGGAUGUCAAUAAAAUAGACUAAAUAGCUAAAUUAGAUGGCCAUACUGAUUAAGUUAGAUCAGUUUGCUUUUCUCCUGAUGGAAAUAUGUUAGCAUCUAGUAGUAACGAUUAGUCUAUUUGUCUAUGGGAUGUUAAAACAAGAUAAUAAAAAGCAAAAUUAAAUGGUGAUCGUGUAUAGGUUAUAUCAGUCUGUUUCUCUCCUGAUGGAAAUAUAUUAGCAUCUGGUAGUGAAGAUACGUUUAUCCGUCUUUGGGAUGUCAAUAUUGGAUAAUAAAUAGCCAAAUUAGAUGGCCAUACUGAUUAAGUUAGAUCAGUUUGCUUUUCUCCUGAUGGAAAUAUGUUAGCAUCUAGUAGUAACGAUUAGUCUAUCUGUCUAUGGGAUGUCAAAAAAAGAUAAUAAAAAGAAAAAUUAAAUGGACAUACAAGUUAAGUAAUAUAAGUCUGUUUCUCCCCUGAUGGAAAUAUAUUAGCAUCUGGUAGUGAAGAUAAGUCGAUUCGUCUUUGGGAUAUCAAAGCAGAAUAAUAAAUUCAAACCUCAAAUGAUAGAGAUAACGACAAUCCUAAUACAGGUAAUUAUUAUUACUUAAAUAUGAGUUGCGACAAUUAUUACCAUUCUCCAUAUAUCGUAAGCACCAAUAUUUUAAGCUAAAAGAGCUCGUGUCUUUAAUGGAAAGUUUAUUAAUUAUUAAGAUUUUGAUUUAAGAUAAUUAUUCAAAUCAAAAGGAAGUAUCAUUGAGAAAAGCUAGAGUCCAAACUGA